AUGGCAGACUCAUUUGAAGCGACGUACUUCGAUGUGGAUCAAAUUUUGACAGAAGAACAAGAGGCAGAAUUGUACUACGAAUACGCAGAAAAUUUGCAAGAUUUAGGCAUGGAUUACUACAACUCUGAAGAUGAUAUGAUGCAAGACACAGAAGGAGAAGACCAAGGAAAUGGAACAAGCCAUUCACUAGGGGACUCAACAGAGACAAAGAAAGCAGCUCACCAUGAAACAAAGAAGAGAAAUAGUGGAUUCAAUGUUGGUCAACAUGCAUCAAGGCAACUUACCAAGAGAGUAGGCAGAAAGCCAAAGGAAUUUUCUGAUGACUUCCUACAAUCAGUGCCUUUACAUUUAAGGCAGACAGAAAGGAGCUAUGCAGUAGCAUUAAAGAUCUCCCAUGUGACACUUCACAAUUUGAAGAAAAAGGGAAGGUUAAGAACACACACAAGUAUCAACAAGCUAGACCUGACAUCCGACCACAAGGUAGCAAGAAUGAAAUGGAUUUUGUCACACAUAAAUCCAGUUACAAGUAAUGGGGACCCAACAUUUGUUGAAAUGAACAAUGUGAUACACAUGGAUGAGAAAUGGUUCUAUCUGAACCCUGACAAGAGGAGGUUUUACCUCCUACCUAGUGAGGAAGAUCCUUAUAGGCCUAUACAGUCCACAAGAUUCAAGCUCAAAGCAAUGUUUAUGGGCUUAAUUGGGAAGCCAUUGUAUGACACAGAUGGGGGACUACUUCAUGAUGGGAAAUAUGAAAUAUUCCCAUUCACAGUCAAACAACUAGCCAAGAAGUCAAGUAAAAACAGAGUAGCAGGAACAUGGGAAACAAAAGCAAUACAAAAUGUAAACAGAGAGGUCAUCAGAGACAUGUUGGUGGCCAAUGUCAUUCCAGCAAUUAUUUCAAAGUGGCCUGACAGUCAGCCAAAAAAUAUUGUAAUCCAAUGGGACAAUGCAAGGCCACACCAAGUUUCUACUGAUGCAGAGUUUAUGGCAGCAACAACAGGUCAUGGAUUUAACAUUCAAUUUGUUUUCCAACCACCACAAUCACCAGAUUUGAAUGUGCUUGACUUAGGGUUGUUUAGGUCAAUUCAAUCAUUGCAAUAUCAGUCUUUUCCUAGCAACCUAGAUGAGUUAGUUACAAAUGUGCAAGAAUCUUAUGAGGCAUUCAAUCCUCAAGUCAAUAAGUACAUUUGGUUGUCUUUGCAAAAGUGCAUGAUUGAGAUCCUUAAGGUACAAGGUGGGAAUAAGUACAAAUUACCCCACAUUAACAAGAAAAAACUCGAAAACCUUGGAGAGUUGCCAAAUAAUGUACCAGUGCAGAAGGAACUUGUUUUGGAGGCAGUGGAGUACCUAGACACUAUGUUUAGGCCAGUAAAUGAGGGGACUGAACAAGGAACAGAAGAAUUUGAGGUAGAUGCAGACUGA